GCGUCGCUACCUCGGCCCAGACCAGACCUCCGCACGAUGGCCACCAACGGCGCUACGACUAACAGUUCCUCGUCCUCGGGGUCCUCGAACAGUGGCCAGCCUGCGUCCGAGCAGCAGGCGGGAUCGACCAUGAACUCCAUCACGCAAGUGUUCCCUCCUAUAGUGGAAUUAAAUGUCGGAGGGGUUUUCUAUACGACCUCGCUGACGACUCUUCAGAAGGACCCCGAGAGCCUGCUGGGUCAAAUGUUUAGCGGGAAGUCCAAGACGCCCGUGCUGAGGGAUUCGAAGGGCAAGUUUUUCGUGGAUCGUGAUGGUGUCUUGUUCCGUUAUAUUCUCGACUAUUUACGAAACCAGAAGCUUGUGUUGCCAGAAAACUUCAGUGAGCGUGAAAGACUCAAGAACGAGGCGGAGUUCUAUGCGCUGCAGGAUAUGGUGGAGUCUCUUACCGUUCCCAAAUCCCUGAGCCCCAUUGAUCCUUCGUUUCUAGUCAAGACCACCUGUGGCACAAUUACCGUCAGUUACCGCGGCACCUUCGCCUUCGGACGCGACGGACUCGCCGACGUCAAGUUCCGCAAGCUGAACCGAAUCCUUGUGAGCGGUCGCGUGACGCUGUGCCGGGAGGUGUUCGGGGAUACGCUGAACGAGUCACGUGACCCGGACCGUGGCGCGGUUGACCGCUACUCCAGCCGCUUCUUCCUCAAACACACCUUCCUGGAGCAGGCCUUCGACAUGCUGGUCCUGGCGGGAUACAAGUGCCAAGGCUCGUGCGGCAGCAGCACCGCAGGAGGCAUGAUGGUGGACAAAAAACCCGGCAUGGACUCCGAGGAAGACCGAUGGAAUCACUACAACGAGUUCGUGUGGGUGAGAGAAUAACUAGGCUGCGGGGGGGUACUCUGGCGGCCCCCACGGGAGGCCAGCCACUUGAUGGUCACGAAGUCGUUCUUCUGACGACCCCUUCCGCAGAACCUGGUUGCUUGGUUGGCGCACGUGCUCUGGGCGACGCGAAGCAGGUGGGAACAGUUUCAAAAGUCGCUAACUGCUUUCAUUUGGUCGAUUCUAAAGGAGACAGACACUAAUAGCUUUAAAACGUUCAUGGAAAAUACGUGAAUAAAGAGUACUUACUUUCAUUCUGCUUAUAGCCGUUCCGCACACCAAGUGUAUUAGAAUAUUAAACGCAAGAGGAAACUCAAAGCAAGUGUUAGUACGAGCCCAACAUUAUGUGUAUGUGUGAUAACAUGCUAUAGGUAGCCUCUAAACACGCAGCAUGGAGUCGUGUACCUGCUAAUUGCUUAUUCGGAAGAAAAAUUAUUGAGUGCAUUUUUUUUCCUUUUUUUUUCAAGUGAAGAAAUGUGAUCGAAACGACAGAAAUAGCAAUCUCCUCUAACCAAGAAGUUCUGAACGAGAUUUCAAGAAACAAACAAGCAAAUCCUCAAAAGCAUAUACAUAUAAGGUUUAGAGCAAUCAUAUCAUUAUCGACCAAAAAUCGAAGUUCACAUCAUUGCCACAAAAAAACGUGAUAUAAAAUGAGUUAUAGUUUCAAUUAUGAAGUCUUAUUUUAUUUAUGCACUUGCGGACCAUUAAAAAAAUAUUUUUCCAGCUGUAGAUCUGACGAAUUAUUAGCCAUCCAAAGAAUCUCAGCCAAUGCUCGGGGGUUCUUUCCUCUAUUGUCUGUAUCAUGAACUAAGAUCUCAACCAAACUGUUAAAAGAAAAAAUAUCAAUCAAAAAGAUAGCUGUCCAGAGAUAGAAAUUACCUAUGUAUUAUACAUUCACAAAGUUGCUUUUCCGAGUGCUCCCAGUGGUAGCCUAGGGAGCAUUAGAUUAUGUUCCCGUUUAUCCGAUCCAGAAUUUCGUUUCAGGAUUUUCAUAAGCGAAUACCCUGAAAACAGCUUGAUGGGACCUAUCCAGUGCCACGAACUCAUUUAUGACGCUUUUUACCUGGUACCUCGAAAUUCUAGAAAAAAUAGCACAAAAGAGGAUAUCAACUUCAUUAUUUCUCGAAUCUGAUGGGAAUUCCAAGGGUCUGUUAUCAUCGAACAGUUUGGGACCAUAAGUUAGUGAAUAUUCCAAGAGUAAUUAAGGAAGUGACUCUCCCUGCGAUCUCACCCUCGUUCAUCCAGCGCGUGUUGAAG